UCAGUGACUCUCACCCCAUUUUUCCCGUUCCCAGACGUGAAGUUCGACGCUCUCAGCGGGGACUAUUUCCCCAUCCUGUAUUUCAAUGAUUACUGGAACCUGCAGCGGGACUAUUUCCCCAUCAACGAGAGCGUGCGGCGCCUGCCCUUCCGCCUGUCCUUCUGCCCCCUCUCGCUGUGGCGCUGGCAGCUCUACGCGGCCCAGAGCUCCAGGUCCCCCUGGAACUUCCUGGGGGAGGAUCUCUACGAGCAGUCCGACGAGGAGCAGGACUCUGUCAAGGUGGCUCUCCUGGAGACCAACCCGUACCUGCUGGCUCUCACCAUCGUCGUCUCCAUCGUCCACAGCAUCUUCGAGUUCCUGGCCUUCAAAAACGAUAUCCAGUUCUGGAACAGCCGGCAGUCCCUCGAGGGGCUCUCCGUGCGCUCCGUGUUUUUCGGGGUGUUCCAGUCCCUCGUGGUCCUGCUCUACAUCCUGGACAACGAGACCAACAUGGUGGUGCAGCUCAGCGUUUUCGUGGGGCUGCUCAUCGACCUCUGGAAGAUCACCAAGGUCAUGGACGUGCGGCUGGACCGGGAGCAGAAGGUGGCCGGGAUGUUUCCCCGGGUCAGCUUCAAGGACAAAUCCACCUACGUGGAGUCGUCCACCAAAGUCUACGACGACAUGGCGUUCCGGUACCUGUCGUGGAUCCUGUUUCCCCUGCUGGGCUGUUACGCCGUGUACAGCCUGCUGUACCUGGAGCACAAGGGCUGGUACUCGUGGGUGCUCAGCAUGCUCUACGGCUUCCUGCUGACCUUCGGGUUCAUCCCCAGCUGUUCAUCAGCCACAAACUCCAGUCCCUGGCAUUUGAACCCCUGCACCUCCGAACCCCCAAAAACCCCUCCCAAACCCCCAAAUCUU